CUUCCAAAAGCAAUGGACAAUGGGUCCAAAGAUUGGACUCAAUAUCCACAGCACCUUCUGCACGUGAAACAAGAACCCAUGGAGGAGACUACCGACGACUCCGGAGUGUCGCCAAGCCACUACGGGACGAGUGAGUCCAACCCGUCGCUCAACGGCAGUCGGCCAUCGUCUCAUCAGGGAGCCCAGAGCUUAGUGGACAGCCGUCCGUCCUCGGGCGCGAGCAGCAUGGCCGCGUCACCACCGGCCGUCAAUUCCUUUGACUACCUUCACCACCAUAACUUUGGGAAUGAUCAGUUAACUUGCAACCCGGCCUACGGCUUUGCGGAUAUGACAUCGCCGGUACUGGCCUAUCCCAACGCCCUGCAGCACCAGCAGUUCGUCGCGCCUCCCGAUAACAUGGACAAGCCCUCGCCAAAGUCCCAAAAGAAGCGUAAGAGCCAGCGACAGACUACUUGCGUGCCGGAAGACCACGUAGCUCGACCGUUCAAGUGUCCCCUUCCUUCUUGCGCCGAUGCACCGAUCUUGACGCAAAAAGACUUGAUCGUCACCCACAUAAUGAAUCACAACGAGGCGAUAUCGGCUGACGAGUACAGGUUCGCCGCUUUUUACACCAAGAUCAAGCUCGACGAGGUUGGCAAGAAAAAGCGCAAGAAGAAGGUGGACGACAGCAGCGUCGAGCCCAGCAACGAGGAAGAGAUGAGCAACGAAGACUGGAGGGAUUUGGAGUCGAAGCUGAACGAGUUGGGGCUCGCGGAGACCGGAAUAGACUUGUCACGGGUGGACGCGCUAACGCCAAACUUCAACUCGAAGGGCCAAGUGUCGGUGACGCGUUGCAAAGACUGCAAGAUGUUCUUCAUCACGAAAUCGGCCUACUGGAGGCAUCUCGAGCACGCCCAUCUCGAUCCGAAAAAAUUACACAAGUGCGGGCGCUGCUACUUUGUAACGACCCUGCCGCACCACUUCAAGUUUCACGAGGACAACCACAGGGGUGAGAAGCGGUUCGCGUGCAAGCACUGCGACUACCGGUGCGUCAACAAGAGCAUGCUCACGAGCCACCUCAAGUCUCAUUCGGACGUGCAUCAGUUCAAUUGCGGCACGUGCGCGUUCAAGUCAAAGUACCUGCAUGCCUACAAGGACCAUUUGAGGAGCAUGUGCCACGAGCAGGGAUUAAUCUACGACAGCGAUGGCACGAGGAACGAGAACAUACGCAUCGACGUGCACAGCAAGAAACGUGGGCCGAGGCCCAAGCUCAAGAGCGUCAAUAACAACAACAACAAUAAUAACAAUAACAAUAACUACAAUAACAACAACAACAACAACAACAGCAGCAACAGCGCUGAUCUUCAGUUGGCAGCGUUCGCUAGUCUACCGGUGGAAUCCUCGGAGCCAGCCGGCCCGGCUGACUUUGCUCAAGCCGGUUUGACCGACCCCAAGAGCCAGUUCCUCGGACCCAGCAUUAACAAAUACAUCAAGGAGAUGAUGAUAUUGAACGCGAUGCAGCAAGCAGAGAUCCUUAGAGGAAUGUAUCACCAGCAGCAGCCCCAGCACCACCUCGACAUGAACGUGAGUGCUUUCCUGUCGGAGUCGGCUUGUUCGAACGACGACUCGGUCAAUAACGACGACGACCCAACGGCCAGUCGCGCGGAGGCUACUCCUCUCACGGACCGACCGAUAGAUUUAUCGGUUGCCGUACCAUCAGCGGAUGAGCCGUCUACUGAUGACUCUGUCGAUAACGCAGAAAUGGAUAUCUCCGGCGAGAGUGCAGUCUUGGACCUCAGCAGCAGGUCUUUGCCCUCGAAGAGCGCCAAUUCGAAAAAACGUAAGGGCACACCCGUGAGGCACGACAUCGCACCGGUCGACGACAAAAUUUUUACGCCGCAGCCGAGAGUUUCAGCCGAUUACAGCUGUAAGCUUCGACAAUGGGGCUGCCUGGCCACGUACACUAGUCCGCAGAUGCUGGAGAUGCACCUCUCGUGCCACGACCCCUUGAACAUGAUGAAGUGCACGAGGUGCGACCUGUCCUUUCUGAGCUUCGACGAGUUUAACACGCACCUUGCGAUCAGAGGACUCUGGCAUGAGGGUCAGUAGUCGAUCGACCUCGAGUGCGAAGGCAUUAUUACGAUUCAGUAUUCUCACGUCGUUGCUGUGGUGAUAAA